AUGAACAGAUUGCCGGAUAAGAGAACCCCGGACCCCACUGGCUUCUUUCGAUCUGGGUCCAUGAUGGUAAGACUGGGUCUCGUAUCUUCGUUGAUCGAGAGGUAUCCCAUUGGCGUAGGUGGGGUAUUUUUCCCCUCAACACUUCAGCACCUCCAACAACAGCAUCAUUCCCGGCUUGCAGCUGUCGCAAGCUCAGCUUUAAGCAAUGCUGGUCAAUCCGACGCAAGUGACGCUGAUGGAAUACGCGGAGUUUUACCGGGAAACGGAGGCUGGCCGUUUCCAUGGAGGCCGACUCAUGGGUUGCAAGGUCUCGAGCAUCCAUCCCCAAGCGACGUUAUUGGAUCGCACAGUCGUGUUAGUCCACCCUCUGGGUCAUAUCUUAAGCGAGAAGACGACGAUGACAAUCCGUCAGAUGAUCGACUGCUGCGAGGUCGAAGUCCAUCCACGGGAGACGAAGUCCACGAAGACUUAGGAGAUGUCGACGACGGAAUGGACGGCGAGGACGGCGAAUCUCCAGGUUCCUCUGGCCACCACGGUUCGAUAACUGCAGGCGGAAGUUCAGGGGGACAGAACGUAAACGGGCAGGAUUCAAACGUGAAACGUAAAAAGAAAACGCGAACCGUGUUCUCCAGAUCGCAAGUGUUUCAACUAGAAACAACCUUCGAGAUGAAACGAUACCUUUCUUCUUCAGAGCGCGCCUCACUGGCCGCUUCGUUGCGGUUAACAGAGACCCAGGUAAAGAUCUGGUUCCAGAACCGGCGGAACAAGUGGAAGCGUCAAUUAGCUGCAGAAAUAGAGGCCUCCAGCAUGGCACAUGCGGCACAGCGGCUGGUUCGCGUGCCCAUUUUGUAUCACGAGGCCAGCGCUACAAAUAACACAGUAGCGACCUCUUCUUCCGUUGGACAGGCUUCCAGCGCUACGAAUCCUUUGACGGCCACUAACGGACCUCACUCUGUUGGUGUUAGUGUUGGCGUUGGUGUUGGAACUUCCUGUGUUCCCUGCACCACAGCACCAUCAAUAUUCUACUCCCCACACGCAGCAGUAGCGGCUCAUCACCAGCAUCACCACCAUCAUCACCAUCCGCCGCCUCCUCACGUUCAGGCCCACACAUUGCUACCUCAUCAGGUGCAUCCUCAGCCUCCACCACCGCCACCUCCACCGCCCAAUUCUCAGGUCCAGUCGUCGCAAUAA